UAAUUAAUUUCUCAAUUCAUUCUCAUCCCAAGCAAGAUCCAAAUCGGGAUUUGUUAUAUUAAUCGGGUGAUGAGAAUGGAAAGAGUGCCUCCCUCCCUCCCUCCCUCCCUCCCUCCUUAAAAGUCUCCUACCCUAUUCUCUAAACAAAAAAGGUCGCCUCCCUCCCUCCUUACAAGUCGGGUCCCUCCCCUCCUUAAAAGUCUCCUCCCCUUAUCCCCCAAAUUCUGUUGUGUUUCUUGUUGUUUUGUGUUGAUUCCUUUGGGCAGGCAGCUUAUUCGAAAUCUUGGAAAUGGAAGCGAUGGCCUCCGAUGUUCCCCGACCCCGCCUGACGAAGAAACCCUCGUCUUCCUCUUUGUCGUUCCGACUUCGGUGCCCCAGCCUGAACUCCCUUCGCCUGCGUCGCAUAUUUGACAUGUUCGACAAGAAUGGGGACGGAAUGAUCACCACGGAGGAGCUGGGUCAAGCUCUCGGGCUUCUUGGGCUGGAUGCUGAUGAAUCGGACCUGGAUUCCACGGUCAACUCCUUCAUCGCACCGGGAAAUGUUGGUCUUAGGUUCGAAGACUUUGCAGCCCUGCACCAGUCCUUAAACGACACCUAUUUUGGGGAGCCGAUGGAGGAUGAGGAGGAGAAGGAGGAGAAGAGGGAAACAAACAUGUCGCCGGUGUCGCAGGAAGAGUUGGAUCUAUCGGAGGCAUUCAGGGUAUUCGACGAGGAUGGGGAUGGGUACAUAUCCGCCACCGAACUCCAAGUGGUUCUAAGAAAGCUGAGAUUGUCGGAGGGGAAUGAGCUGGACAGGGUUCAGAAGAUGAUUUUGUCGGUUGACAGCAAUCGCGAUGGCCGGGUUGAUUUCUUCGAAUUCAAGGACAUGAUGCGUAGCGUUAUCGUCCGGAGUUGCUGAUUCAUUCCCGUAAUUCCACUCCCACAACGACGUCCGCCCUCGUAACACUUUGGAUAUUUCUAUGUUUAUCUGUUUUGUUUUGAUUUCUUUGCUUUACUUUGCUUUGGGUAUUCUCCCUUCAACCACGUAUUGUAUUAACAAUAACCAUGUAGUUCAAAGAACCCACCGCCUGGGUCAAUACAAAUUAAGAAUCCACAUAUUUUCAU